AUGUCCCAGCCCGAGGUCCCCACAGACAAGCCCAUCAACCCGGCCCCUCCCAUUGGAGGUGCGGCCUUACAGGCGAAGGAGGAGUUGAAGGCAGGAGAUGAUAUGCCAGGAGCAGAGCAUGGACAGAAGAAGGGAAAUGUCGUGCCCGGAGGAGAGUACAGAGAGAAGGUUGGCGGACAGGAGGACAACGAUCAGACCAAGUCGGAAGAGUCCGUCUCCGUCAACAGCACCAAGCGUCCCCGCGAACGACAAGAUACCCCAUGGCCCAAGCCUUACCCCGAGCUCAUGGCUGUGAUGACUCAGCUUGCAAACAUCCAGCAGCAGUUUGCCGACUAUGUGAAAGAGCAGCGGGCUUCUGUUCCUUCUCCAGAGCGCCCCAAGCCAUUCCAGCGCCCCAACAAACUGCAGCUCCCAACUCUGAACAAGUUUACCACAGAUCCAUUUGUCAUCACCCAACACCUCUAUGCUCUAGAUAUUUACCUCGUCAGCGCACAGGCAUUGAUGGACCCCGAGUACUUCGAAGUGUGGGCACUCGAACAGUGCAACCUUUUGAUUGCCAAGGUUGGCAAGUGGUUUACUUGGAGCCAUGACACGGGUAGAUUUGCCCCCAACACCACAGUCUGGGGCUGGUGGUGGAAAGAGAAGGCCCUUGACCCCAACUGGGUCCGCCAGGCGCGAAACGCGGUCAAGUUCAAGCGAAUGGAGGGCAACACCCCCCGCCACUUCGACGCCUUCGCAUCCUCCAUCCGCGACUAUCAACAUCUGCUUUCCAGUUCUAGCAACCCUCUUGACAACAAGGAGGUAAAGCGCCUCCUCAUGGAUGGGUUGAGCUCCCACAUGCUCGUUCUUCAUGUUGAGAACGCGUUAGGACGCCGCCAUUUGAAACCCCAGACCGUCUCGGUCGUCGAGCUUAUCUCAGUCAUGACCAAGAGUGUGGUUGCCUGUGCUGCUCAAUUGGAGGCGAUCCAAGCGUCUCUACCUGCCCUCCGCCCUGCGCCAGCCCCAGCCCCUUGCCCAGCUCAAGCUCAACCGGCACAGGCCCCAAUCAAAGCAAUUUCUACCACCCCUGCCCCCAUACUCCCCACCGCGGCAGAAGCCCAGGUCUGGCUUGACUACACCACCCGUCUCCCACCUGGGCAGGAAGGUAUCCAAGCCCAUGACUUCCUUCGGCAGCGAGGUCUCUGUUUCCGUUGCCGUCAACCAGGGCAAAAGAGGAUACCCACCUCUUACACUCUUCUCAAAACUUCACACCCCAAAGCUACAAUAUCUAUGAUGUCCUUGGUCAACAAACAAGAACCCAAACCCAACCCUGUGCCCAUCCCCAAAUCUACGCCCGCCCCUCUUGUUCAUGUAGACAAAGACAGACACACUCUUGACAUGGCUGAGGCGGUUGGUCAACCCUUCAUUGGCGUUAACCCGGAAGGCAUGAUCAUCCUUGGUGCUACUUGUAAAAGACCUAAAUUUAGGUCUUUUAUACCAAGUAAGAUCAAUUAA